GCCCCGCUCCGCUGCCGCAGCCGGGCUGGUGCCGCCGGAGAGCCGCGGGGUGCCCCUCACCGUGGCCAUGGACACCUCGUACCCGAGGGAGGACGAGCGCAAGCGGGAGCCGUCCCCUCUGCCCCGAGACCACCUGGUCUGGUCCAUCUUCAACACCAUCUACAUGAACCUGUGCUGCCUCGGCUUCGUGGCGCUCGCCUUCUCCGUCAAGGCACGGGACCGGAGGGUGGCCGGGGACGUGGAGGCCGCUCGGCGCCUGAGCUCCAAGGCGCGGUGCUACAACGUGCUGGCCACAGCCUGCAGCCUGCUGCUGCCGCUGGUGCUGGCCGCGCUCGCCAUCACCGGCGUCAUCCACCUGGCCCAGCUCGCCCAGGACUCCGUCGGCUUCUUCACCUACCAGCUCAGCGACGGCGAGGACAAGUGAUGGGGGCAAUGGGCUUAUGGAGACCCCUUCGAGGGGCUGGAGCCCCCCCGGACGGCCGCUGGUCCGAGGUGAGCCAGCGUCAUGGCCAUUGAGCUGGGGGGCUCAGCCCCACUUCGUCCCUACCGCAGCAGUGCCCAGCCCCACGGCGCCCGGCCCCACAGCUCGGUUCCACCUGCCUUCACCCUGUGUGCAAGCACACAGCAUCCCCUCGGCAGCGCUGCUCAUUAAACA